CGUAACAGCGCGCGGUAACUUUAGCUUUGGGUAGAAGGUGGAAGGUGUGGAGAUCCCGUACUCCUCUCCUUCUCUCUCUUAUUAGGGCUUCCGCUCUCUCUCUUUCUCUCUCUAACCUCAGAGAGCUUCAAUGGCGGUUAUCACUCGCCUAACGGAUCUGCGCGGAGUGUGAUUUCGUCGGAGGUAGCAGCGAGGCGGUUGCUGAGUCUGGUGGCCGUUGUUGCUAGCAUAGUGGAGGCUUUGGAGGACGAACCCUAAGCUUCGAUUCAGGAUCUGAUCCUGUUGGAUUGCUCAAUGGAGCCGGCAUUACCAAGAAAAAGGGGCAGGCCGAGGAAACGGCCGCUUCCUGAGGUGGAAAAUGACGUCGGUGAGAAGUCGGCUCCCGACUCUAAGAGGCAGACAAGGAGCAGCAUGAAGCCGAUUGCACUGGUCGGUCGAUACGUGCUGAAAGAGUUCUCGGGAAAUGGGACCUUCCUGGGGAAGAUAGUGUGUUAUGACACGGGGUUGUAUAGGGUGGAUUACGAGGAUGGGGAUUGUGAAGAUUUAGAGAGCAGAGAGCUCCGAAAUAUUAUUAUAGAUGAGAGCGACUUCACUGAUGAGCUGAAUAGAAAGAGGAAAAGAUUAGAUAAACGGGUAUCCAGUAAGAGGGCGAAAACAGUAGAUGUCCCUGAGAAGAAUGAGGUAGAUAAGGCCGGGUCAUCCUCUGGGACUGAAGUAUGCAGUGCGCCCAUUGUUGAAGAUAAUGGAGAUGUAGCUGACAGUGAUGUGGAUGCUGAUUCGUCAAGUGAGUCAUUCGAGUGUGAACAAGAUGGUGUCUCGGGUUCUGAGGCUGAGCCAAUACCUGUACCACCUGCACCACUAUUGCCAAAAUCAUCGGAGAGUAUAGGUGUUCUGCAGGAGUAUGUGCCACAUCUGCUUUCUGUAUAUGGGUUUUUAAGGUCAUUCAGUGUCACACUCUUUCUCUACCCCUUUGGCUUGGAUGAUCUGGUAGGGGCCGUCAACUGUAAUGUUCCAAACACAUUGUUGGAUGCAAUUCAUGCUUCUUUGAUGCUAGUAUUAAAGCGUCAUCUCGAAAAUCUCUCCUCAGAGGGUUCAGAGCCUGCUUCGAAAUGUCUGAGGUGUGUCGACUGGAGCUUGCUUGAUACUUUAACAUGGCCUGUUUACGUAUUCCAUUACUUAACUUUGAUGGGCUAUGUGAAGGGCCUGGAAUGGAGAUGGUUUUUUGAUGGCGUCUUGGAAAAGGAUUAUUAUUCUUUACCUGCAUGGAGGAAAUUGUUAAUCCUGCAAAUUCUAUGCGAUGAAGUGUUGGAGUCUGCGGAGCUGAGAGCUGAAAUUGACAUACGUGAAGAAUCAGAAGUUGGAAUAGACCCAGAUGGAGUUGCAAGCAAUCCUGCAGAUAAUCGGCCAAGAAGGGUCCACCCACGCUAUUCCAAAACAUCUGCUUGCUAUAACAGAGAAGUUAUGGAAGUAAUCUCUGAUAGUCAUGAUAUGAAGUCACGUCCCAAUUCAAAUUCCAAAGCCAGUACUUUUGAUGUUACAGAGAUGGUUGCGGCUGAAGGGAAUGUUGAUGAGGAUAGUAAUGGUGACGAGUGCCGGCUUUGUGGCAUGGAUGGAACCUUGCUUUGUUGUGAUGGGUGCCCAUCAGCGUACCACUCCAGAUGUAUUGGCGUGGCGAAAAUGUAUAUACCUGAAGGGCCAUGGUAUUGUCCCGAGUGCACAGUUAAUAAAAUUGGGCCAACUAUCACAUCAGGGACCUCACUAGUAGGUGGCAAAAUAUUUGGAGUUGAUCCAUAUGGGCAAGUUUUCCAGGGUUCUUGCAAUCACUUACUGGUCCUGAAGACAUCUUUCAGUGAGAAAUCAUAUUGCCGAUACUACAAUCAAAAGGAUAUUGUGAAAGUAUUGCAAGCACUUAACUCAUCGAUGCAACUUGCAGUUCUCUAUUUGGAUAUAUGCAAGGCUAUUGUAAAACACUGGGACAUUCCAGAUUCUGUCUUUUCCCUCUCAAAAAUCAUGGAGGCAUGCAUGAAUCAAGGAAAUCAUAGGGAAGCUAAACAUGGUUCUGCUCAGCCACUUAGCUCUUCAGGCAAAGAAAGCCAAAAGGUCGUAGAUGCUGUUGAAGUUCAAAGUGUAAGCAAUGUGACUGGAAAUUCUACAGAUGCUGUGCCAUUAUCAUCUGGUAUGAACUUGUCAAAUGGAAGUCAAAGAACCCACAUUGAUGCCCAUGAUCCUCAAAUUGCUGGUGACUUGCUAAAGGAAUGUUCCCUUGUGAGUUUGGGGCUACGGGAUCAGGUUAGAGGAGGGACUGACUCAUGUUCAGGUUCCAUUAACCAGCAAGCUGAACCAUCCAACGUAACCUGUCAGAGCGUUUGUGACAGAUCAAGCACAGCCAACCAUGUCAUUAAUAUGCAUUCAAAUGGUAUGCCUCAUAAUAAGUCUUCGUCGAGUACAGUGCAUCAGCCCACGGGGAUGGCAGUAGGUGAUAGAAAAUUUGCUGGUGAUUGCUUGUUCUUUGGUUUUCUUUUCAAACCACAGGCAUAUAUAAAUCACUAUAUGCAAGCGUAUUUUGCUGCUUCGGCUGCUGCAAAUUUGGCCACUCUCUCGGCAGAGGAGGGCCAGGUCCUCGAGGGUCAUGCUGCUAGAAAUCCUAAGAAAGUUGUAUCUGUUAUUUCUCAACAAAUGAAGGCAUUCUCAAGAAGUGCCUCUCGAUUUUUCUGGCCCAGUUCAGAGAAGAAACUUUGGGAGGUUCCAAGGGAGAGGUGUGGUUGGUGUUACUCUUGCAAGAGUGGUCCUGCCAGUAGGAGAGGAUGUAUGUUGAAUUCAGCAGCCACUAUCGUUAGUAAAAGUACUCUGAAGGUUCUCAGUGGUCUUCAUCCUAUAAAGAGUGGAGAGGGGUGUCUUCCUAGCAUGGCUACAUACAUUUUGUUGAUAGAGGAGAGUUUUCAUGGACUCAUAGGCGGUCCCUUUCUGAAUGAGAAUUUUAGAAGAGAGUGGCGCAAAAUGGUAGUGGAGGCUUCAAGCUGUGUCAUACUCAAAGCCCUCUUGCUUAAGCUUGAAGAACAUAUUCGGCCUGUGGCUCUUUCUGGUGACUGGUUUAAAUUGGUGGAUGAUUGGUCAGCUGAAUGUUCAGUUACUCAAGGUACUACUUGCACUACUGGAAUUAUACAGAAGCGUGGACCUGGUGGGAGGCCGAACAAGAAGCAGUCUACUCUAUCUGAAGAUACAGAAGAUGAUUGUCUCGAAAAAAGUUUCAGCUGGUGGCGAGGAGGGAAGCUAUCAAAGAUUUUAUUGAACAAAGCAGUCUUGGCGUGCUCAAUGAUAAAAAGAGCAGCUCACCAGGCGGGUUUGAGAAAGAUCGCAGGUGUGCAUUAUGCUGAUGGCUUUGAGGUUCCCAAAAGAAGUAGGCAGUCGGUUUGGAGAGCUGCAGUUGAGAUGAGUAAGAACGCAUCCCAGCUUGCUCUCCAGGUCAGAUAUCUGGAUCUGUUUUUGAGAUGGAACGACCUCAUUCGUCCAGAAUUGAACCUUCCAGAUGGAAAAGGCCCUGAAAUAGAAGUUUCGGCUUUUAGAAAUGCCAGUGUUUGCGAUAAGAAAAUUUCCAAGAAUAAGAUUGUAUAUGGAGUUGAUUUUGGGAUGCAAAAGCACCUUCCAUCCCGAGUUAUGAAGACCAUCAUUGAGGUAGAGCCAAUUCAAGGAGGAAAUGAAAAGUACUGGUCCUAUGAAACGCACAUUCCUUUAUACUUAAUCAAAGAGUAUGAGGAGAGGUCGAAAAUGCUCUCUCCAUCUGAGGUGCCAUCAAAUGUGCUAGUGAAGUUGCGGAGGAUGAGGUUCAAAGCGGCUCGCAUGGAUAUAUUUUCUUAUCUCGAAUAUAGGAGAGAUAAUGUGGAGAAGUUCUCUUGCUCGUCUUGUCAACUGCAUGUUUCGAUAAGGGAUGUGGUAAAAUGCAGUGUGUGCCAAGGUUAUUGCCAUGAUGGCUGCAUCAUAUUCUCAAAAUCAUCACAGAAUGGGCAAAUUCAGUCCUCCAUGACUUGCAAGCGGUGUCACCAUGCAAAAGCUUUUAUCAAGAAGGAAAGCACAGAAUCUCCAACUAGUCCGUUGCUUUUGCAAGUCCGAGACUACCCGAAAACCAAGACAGUCCAUGAAGUUCCUAAGAUCAAGAUCUCUAUUCCACCAUCUUUAUCUGUGAAGUCAAAGGAGAAGGAUGCCAAAAAUGGUACCUCGGCCACAAAAGCCCGGAAUACUACUUGGGGGAUCAUCUGGAAUAAGAGGAACAUUGAUGAUACAGGCUCUGACUUCAGGAAAGAAAAUAUUCUUUUGAUUGGCAAUGCGGAUAGGAACAGGCCACAGCCCGUUUGUAAAUUGUGUCAGAAGCCAUACCAUCCAGAUCUGAUUUACAUCCGCUGCCCAUCUUGUUCAAAUUGGUACCAUGCUGAUGCUCUUGAAGUAAAGGCGUCUAGAGUUCCUGAGGUGCUUGGUUUUAAGUGCUGCAAAUGUCGUAGGAUAAAAUCACCCGAGUGUCCAUAUGAUGAUAAAGUCAAGAACAGGGUGAAGCAGCAGCAGCCAUCAAAUUUGAAGCAGGAUACUACUAUACUUUUGGACUCUGAUUCUGGAGAUAUGUCCGAAUCAAAAGGAUGGGAGCCCAGUACACCAAUGAUUUCCUCAGAAGAGUUGUCGACCCAUGAAGUUGACCCCCUCCUUCAAUCUGCCUCGCGAGUUGAACACUUAAAAGAUGAAAAUCUGGAAUCUGGAUUCGACUGGGCCACUGCUUCUGGGCCACAGAAACUGCCUGUGAGGAGGCACUUGAAGCGGGAUUCGACGGCCUCAUUUAGUCUUGCUGGUAAUGAUUUUUCUCAUUUGGAUCCAUCCACAAGCCUCCCAACGGAUAUCCCAUUGAGCAUGGAUAAUGGACAGACUCCUACGACGGCAUGGAAGUCAAUGCAUGAAAAUGAGCAGGUCUCUGAGUUGGGAGGGUUCAGCUAUGAGGAUAUGGAAUUUGAACCUCAGACUUACUUCACUUACACGGAACUAUUGGGUCCCGAUGGUAUUGGGCAGUUGGGUGCGGAGGAUGCGCCUGGGGAGUGGGAUAACUUGGAUGCGGCAAUAUCUCAGGACGGGGGGUUUGCAUUCAAUGAUGAAUUGGAACAUGCAAUCUCUUUGGACACUUCCGUGGAUGUUCAGUGUCAAGUUUGUCUGGGCUCGGAGCCUCUACCAAAUCUUUCUUGCGAGGUAUGCGGGCUAUGUAUUCAUAACCAGUGUUCUCCUUGGGAUGAGUCAGAGAUCGAGCUUGGGGGAUGGAGAUGUGGCAAUUGCCGCGAGUGGCGGUGAGAACUGGUUUUGAGGUCUGAGAUGUCUUUGGGUUUUGGUUCGAUGUCUUUUUUCUCAUGGUGGAAGGCGAAGAAAAGAGAUGCCUCAGUGGUGAAGAUACACUGGGAAGGCCAAGCCAAUAUUCUUGAUACUUUGUUCGCUUGAAAUUGCGAUAUUUACAGCAAUCGGGGGUGAUUCUCUGUUGGGGGGGGGGGGGGGGGGGGGGGGGGCACUUCCGCAAGCGGAGAAUUGGCAUGGCCCUCGCAACAGUUGUAAGUUAGAUCGUUCAGAUUGUUGGUCAUGGGUAUGGCCAUAUAGUAGUCUGCGAUUUGCUGUUGUCUUAGGCGUAGUAGGAUCCAACAGGUAAAGAAAGCAUUGGGGUUUUGGGUAUAUGCAAUUUUUUCGGAUCCUCGAAGAUAAGCACCUGUUUCCUUUUUUAUCAAUCAGGGUGCUUAUCCCAUUGAAGCGCUUGUACAAAAAAUUCGGCUUUCAUAGACUUAUUAUUAUUGGGAUCAGGAAUUAAAGUUUUCAUUGUACAUGCAAA